AUGGGCAGCCGUUUCAUACCUCAUCAUCUGAGCAGAAUACGCAGCUGUACAUCCUCAACGACUCCCCGACUGCUUCUCCGACGUUCUCUCCAUCUCCCUCCCACUCACACCGACAGAUAUGCUUUACCUACCAUAUUCCUCCGACGGAUAUCCAUUCAGGCGCCGGGACCAGAUCAUACGUCGGAAAGACGAGAUCCCACUGGGUACGAGAUACUGCAUCCUCCAGUGAUCGCUCAAAGCUCUUCCCAAUCGGAACCUAGUAAUGGUAGUCCCGAUCCUAAUCAGGAUGUUACAUCGUCAACGACUGGUCUCGCCAAUGCUACAUCUCUGCCGGCACCUCCAGAAGGUAGCACUCCUUUCACUUCGAGACAUCUACAGCAUCCGUUCGAUACUCAUGCGUUCGUGAGCUACCUGGAGAAGAACGAUAUCAGUCGAGAUAGCGCAAGGGCUUUGAUGGAAGCGGUCAGGGAGAUGAUCAAGAAAAGGGGUACUCAGACAGGGGAGAAUAUGGUUGGUAAGGAAGAUGCGGAAAAUGCAGCAUACCUUUUCAACGCGGCGCUGUCUGAGUUAAGGACCGAGUUGAGUGUCCAGGCAAGAAACGAUGGUUUAGCUCUCAAGGCCAUGGCCGGUGCUAUACGGCGUGAAGUCGAGGGCUUGGAGCAGAAGAUGAAGGAGGAUGUACAGGUCCUCAAGCAUGAUAUCGAGAUGGACAUGAAUAAUCGAAAAGCAGAGACAAGGACUGAAAUGAAAGGGUUUGAUAUAUACAUUGAAGAAAUCAACAAUAAAUUCACGAUAUCACUGGGUGAUCUUCGAACGGAGAUCGAAAGUGUAAAAUGGGAUGCAACGAGACGAGCUAUCUCCAUCAUCAUACUCAUUGUCGUCGCAACCAUCGCUGUCUCUACCUUCUUGGCAUCUGAUGCCGAGCCGAAGACUCCGCCUCAAGCUAAAUCUACCACAUCACCACCGAUGAAAGAUAUGGCAGUGGGCACCGAUGAUGAAUCGAUAGAAGAAGACCUGAAGACGUAUACGGAAGAAAGAUUAGAUAAGCUGCUUUCAGACUCUGGAGUGGCAAGAUUGGAAAGGAGGCGAUCUAAAUCGAGGGAACAUGGAAAAGAGGAGAAGAAAGACUUGCAUGUUGAUAGAAUAUAA